GAACGAUAUAAUUUUACAUGAUCGAUUGAAAAAAAAAAUGUUUAUGGUAAAUAAAUAUGUUUUAUUCUUGCGAGGUAAAUAAAAGGAUUUGUGAUAGGAAGGGAAAACAACAUCUUGUGGUGCUGUGAUGAGUGUGUGGACACCGCAUGUCACACCUGCAAUGUGACACACCUUUUUCCAUUCGUCUGACUUCUGGGCCCGCUUGCUGCUCAUCAUGGGAUGUGGCGCCUCUGUUGCCAUAGAAACACACAUGCCCAGAGACCAAGCUGCAAAAACUCCCAGUCCGGCUCUGACCAUGAAGGCCGCGGUUCUGAUCCAACGCUGGUACCGGCGCUACAUGGCCCGCCUGGAGAUGAGGCGCAGGUACACCUGGAACAUCUUCACGUCCAUCGAGUACGCGGGCGAGCAGGACCAGCUGCAGCUCUCCGGCUUCUUCAGCUUCAUGCUGGACAACUUCACUCAGCUGCAGGGGUCAGGUCUCAUUUCCCAGCUGUUGGAGCCGGUGGUGGACCCCUGGCUGGACAGAGAGCUCUUCUAUGACUCCAUCCUGGUUCCAGAGUCCUACGCUGGCCCUCGGCUCUCUUUUCCUCUCUCGGUGUCGGACACAAACGUCCUCCUGAACGCCUUCAAAGAGCAGCAGACCCUCCAUGCCAGAUAUGUGCUGCAGCUGCUCUACCAGACCAAGAAGCUGCUCCAACACAUGCCCAACAUUGUGCAGCUGUCCACGUCCUACACCAAGGAGAUUACAAUAUGUGGAGAUCUUCAUGGCCGACUUGAUGACCUCCUUCUUAUAUUUUAUAAGAACGGCCUCCCUUCUGCUGAGACACCCUAUGUGUUUAAUGGAGACUUUGUAGACCGAGGGAAAAAGUCCGUGGAGGUGGUGGUCCUCCUGUUUGCGUACCUUCUGCUGUACCCGGACCACAUGCAUCUGAACCGAGGAAACCACGAGGACCACAUCAUGAACCUCAGGUAUGGUUUCACCAAAGAAGUCAUGCAGAAGUACAAGAGCAACGGACGGGAGAUCCUGCAGCUCUUUCAGGACGUCUUCAGUCUUCUGCCUGUCGCCACGGUGAUAGACGGCAAGGUCCUGGUCGUUCAUGGGGGCAUUUCAGACCAGACGGACCUGGACUUGCUCAGUGCCAUGGACAGGCACAAGAUCAAAUCAGCUCUGAGGUUUCCCAGACGCAGUUUGGAGCAGCUGGCCAUGCAUCCUUCUUCCAAGCAGGUGAAGAGAGUGACAUCCACGGAAAGUUCUGGUGCCAGCAGAUCCUGCAGGAACCAAAGAACCCCCGAGCUCAGAAAGAGGCGAUGCGCUCUGAGCCGCCAAGACACCUCCUCCUCCUCUUCCUCCUCCUCGUCUUCCUCGUCGUCUUCCUCCCUCUGCUCUCCACCGACUCCCUGCGGCUUCUCUCCCAGCAUGCAUUGCAACAUCCUGCCAGUGUCUCCUUUGCCUGCGCAGGAGGAGCGGGAGUGGAAACAGAUGGUGGACAUCCUGUGGAGCGACCCCAGGAGCCAAGAUGGCUGCAGUCCAAACACUUUUCGAGGAGGCGGCUGCUACUUUGGUCCCGACGUGACGCGGUGCCUUCUGCUCCGACACGGCCUGCAGCUGAUGGUGCGAUCCCACCAGUGCAAGCAGGAGGGCUACGAGCUGUGUCACGGUGGACAGGUGAUCACCAUCUUCUCCGCGUCCAACUACUACGAGGAGGGCAGCAACCGCGGGGCCUACGUCAAGCUGGGCCGAGACCUGCUGCCACGCUUCUACCAGUACCAAGUCAGCCCCAGCACCCGCAAACUCACGCUGACCCAAAGAGUGUGUGCUGCAGAGGACUCCGCUCUGAGGGCCCUCAAAGAGAAAGUGUUUGCUCAUCGCUCUGACCUCCUGGCAGGAUUCCAGCACUUUGACCAGACCAGCACAGGCAGGGUGAGCCUCAGUGAAUGGGCUCAGGUGUUGGAGUCCGUCCUGCGACUGGACCUGCCUUGGAGGACUCUUCGUCCACGUCUGGCUCACCUGGCCAGCGAUGGCAGUGUGGACUAUCAGUCCUGCUUCAAGGACAUGGGACCAGGACUACCGCUGGCCCAGGUGACCCCCAGUCUUGCAGAGACUUUAUUCCGAUACAGGACAGACAUCGAGGUGAUCUUCAACAUUAUCGACAAGGACCACUCAGGUUUGAUUUCCAUGGAGGAGUUCCGUCACACCUGGCGCCUCUUCAGCGCUCACCUGGGCGUGGACGUCACCAACGGAGCCAUCGACGACUUGGCCCGCAGCAUGGACUUCAACAAAGAUGGCAGCAUCGACUUCACCGAGUUCCUGGAGGCCUUCAGAGUGGUGCACAAGUUGGAGGGCAGAGAUGGUCCCAGGAAAGACUAGUGGAGGUAGCAGGAAGGUAAGAGACUCACCUGACCUGACCUGCACAGGUACACACCUGACCUGACCUGCACAGGUACACACCUGACCUGACCGUACCUGCACAGGUACA